AUGACGUCCACCGACGUCGUUGAACGGCCGACCACGGCCACCGGGUCUUCUAAUGAAAAGGGCGGCAGACUGACUCCAGAGGGCGACAAGCAUGCUGCACUCCAGGAUACCAAUGUCCUGCACACGGACUACCCGGGCAAGCCCACCGACGAGGAGCUGGCCACUUUGCGCCGUGUCCCCGGAAACGUUCCUUGGCUCGCCUACUGUCUUUGCGCCGUUGAAUUCUGCGAGCGUGCUUCGUACUAUGGUUGUGUCAUCAUCUGGACCAACUACAUCAACCGUGCUCUGCCCGAGGGUGGAAACGGUCUUGGUUCCCCGCCGGCCGGAAGUCAGGCCACUCAGGGUGGUCUCGGUCUCGGCGAGAAGGUCGCCAACGCUACGUCUCAGUCUUUCAACAUGAUCGCCUAUGUCUUGCCUCUGUAUAUCGGAUAUCUUGCCGACACCCGUUUUGGUCGCUACAACAUGAUCUUCUGGGGUAUCUUGCUUUGCGGUAUUGGUCACGUUCUCAUCGUUGUUGGUGGCGCCAGAGAUCUUCUGGCCAACGGCAAUGCCAAGAUCCCCUUCUUCAUUGGUGUAUACAUUUUGGCCAUUGGAGCUGCCAUGUUCAAGCCAAAUGUGACACCGCUACUACUCGAUCAGAUGUCUUCGCACGUCCCGAUUGUCAAGACACUGCCCAGCGGUGAGCGUGUCAUUGAGGAUCCCGAGCACUCGACUGAAAGAGUCAUGCUGUGGUUCUACCUCUUGAUCAACAUUGGUGCCUUUAUGUCGACAGCCACAUCUUACUGCGCACGUCUCGUUGGUUGGUGGCUAGCUUUCUUGCUUCCACUUAUCCUGUACCUGCCUCUUCCCUUCCUGCUGAUCUGGCUCAAGCCCAAGCUGGUCAUGCACCCGCCUGGAGGCUCUGAUCUCCCCAAUGUCUUCCGUGUUGUCAAGACCUGCAUGAAGAACGGUGGCAUCUGGCGCAUCGGCAAGCCAGGCUGGUAUGACCGUGCCAAGCCCACCUACCAACUCGAGCACGGCUUCGAAGUUGAGACUCGCUGGAACGACCAAUUUGUCGAGGAUGUCAAGCGCACUCUCCAGGCCACGGGAAUGUUCAUGUUCUUCCCUGUUCAAUUCUGGAACGACAAUGGUAUCGGUAACGCGGCCAACUACCAAGGCACCAUGCUGACUGGUAACGGUGUGCCCAACGACGUCAUUAGCAACUUCAACUCUUUGAGUAUCAUUCUGCUCAACCCGAUCCUCAACUUUGGACUGUACCCGGCUCUGCGCAAAGCUAAUAUUCACUACGGCCCGGUCGCUCGUAUUACCACUGGUUUCGCCAUUUCCACAUUGGGUGGUCUCGGAUACACCCUCAUUCAGUGGAAAGCGUACCAGACCAGCCCUUGCGGUUACUACGGUUCUUCGGACCCAGCCUGCGUUGACGAAGGUCUCGUCUCCCCCAUCUCCCUCUGGUGGCAGGCCAUACCGUUUUCUCUGGGUGGUUUCUCGGAAUUGUUCAUCAACGUUCCUGCUUACGGUAUCGCCUAUUCUCGUGCCCCAGUCAACAUGAGAGGUUUGGUUUCCGCCAUCAACCUCUUCAACACUGGUAUCGCGUACAUUGUCAACCUGGCCGCCUCAAACGCCAUUACCGAUCCUCACCUGAUCUGGGAUUUCGCUGCUCCCACCGUUCUCGGUGCAUUUGUCACCGUGUUCUUCUACUUCUACUUCCGUCACAUUGACAAGGAGGAGUAUGUCCUGUCCACCAACGUCGUCAACGACAGCACAGGAGCUCGCCCCCACUUUGUGGAGAACGACCUUAACGAGUCGACCCUCCGCCCUGCUCCCAUUGCCGACAACGAAGCAGGCAUCAUCUCGCAGAAGCAGUAG